AUGGGGCCUUUUGGGGGUGUCUCUUCCCUGGCCCCCUAUGUCCCCCAGAACUCGAGUGCAGACCACCGUGUGCAGCUGGACCUGGGGCUGUGGGACAAGUUCAGUGAACUGGCCACCAAGUGCAUCAUCAAGAUCGUGGAGUUCGCGAAGCGGCUCCCGGGGUUCACAGGGCUCAGCAUGGCCGACCAGAUCACCCUGCUCAAGGCUGCCUGCCUCGACAUCCUGAUGCUGCGGAUCUGUACCCGGUACACCCCCGAGCAGGACACGAUGACGUUCUCGGAUGGGCUCACCCUGACCAGGACCCAGAUGCACAACGCAGGGUUCGGGCCCCUCACUGACCUGGUGUUCGCCUUUGCGGGGCAGCUCCUGCCCCUGCAGCUCGACGACACUGAGACGGGGCUGCUUAGUGCCAUCUGCCUCAUUCUGUGGAGACCGGAUGGAGCUGGAGCAGCCCCGGCGCGUGGAGCGUGCAGGAGCCGCGGCUUGAGGCUCUCCGGGUACCCCAAACCUGCUGGGAUUUAG